AUGCAGAAUGGUAUAGGUUAUCCCAGCCGAAAGUACCGUCCCUUCAUUCUCAAUGCUGACACAGCGGAUGACUGGGUCAACGGUUUAGAGUUAACAUCCGUCCUGGAUAUCGCUGAGAAUAACUUGCGGAAUACAAGUGAGAGAUUGAAAAUCCUGGUACUGUACGGUAGUCUACGCAGAGGGUCAUACUCACGGCUUGUGGCAUUCGAAGCUUGCUGUAUUCUCUUCCGACUAGGCUGUGAUAUGCGAGUUUUUGAACUUGAAGGACUACCGGCGAAGAACGAUACGGGCCAUAACCAUCCCAAGGGUGCUGGAGCUCCGUGA